AUGCAGGAGGUCUCCAAAGAUUUGGCGCCAUCGUGGAAAGGAAAGCGAAAGACACUUCGGCAUACCUCCCCGCUGCCCAGGGUACCGCUGUCCCACUCGAAGUGGGAGAAGGUGGCACCCGAAGAUCGCGGAGAGAAGCAUCUGGAGGAGAAGAGACCCGGCAAAUUGCAGACUAGUUCUACAAAACGGUCACCGUAA